UCUCUGAGUAUUAUUAUCUUGAUUAGAAUGGAGCCAAAGAAGAAAACAAGAGGAAAACAAAAGCUACAAAUGAAGAAGAUUGAGAAUCUAGACGAUCGUUUCAUCACAUUUACCAAAAGAAAAAAUGGUAUCCACAACAAGGCCUCAGAAUUAUCAACACUUUGUGGGGCUAAAGUUGAUAUUCUUAUGAUUUCUCCAAGUGGGAAUCCAUUCUGUUAUGGAGAGCCUUCUUCAAAAUCUUUUGCAAGAACAAUCUUGAAGGAAGAAACUCCUUCAAUUGAAGAUCUAAUGAAGAGACAAAUGGUUGAACAACUUAAUAUAAAAAAUGAUCAAUUGGUUGAUGAAAUCCAUGUCGCAAAAGCUCAAAGGGAAACAUUGAGAGCAUCAAAUAGUUCUGGUUGGUGGGGGGUGAAAGAGAAAGGUGGGUGUGAUAGUAAAAAAGUUGAACGUAUAAAGAAUAUCACACAUCAAAUGAUAAAUGAAGUUAUAAGCAAGGGAGGAGAGAUUGAUUCUCAUGCAAAUUAUUUUUUAGAUAAAUGGAAUGGAUUCGAUUCAAACCCUACUUGUCAAUCUUGGAGCAAUAAUAAUGGUUAUGGAGUUAAAGCAAGUGAUGGAACCAACCUUUAUGAUCCAAAAGACAAAGGUAAAUCUGUUGUUUUUGGUGGAGCAAGCGGGAGUGGAAGUCGGAGUUAGCUAACAUUUUGUUGUGGUCAUGUUGUAGGGUGGUUGU